GAAGGAGGGAGGAGGGAGGGCCCAGGCGCGCCAGUGACAGGGUGGCAGCCUAGGAGCGGACGCGUUGCCGCCGCCGCUGCUCCUCCUCCUCCUCCUGCAGCUCCUCUCGCUGCCGCUGCUGCCGCCACCGCCGCCGCCGGGAGAAGUUUCACUCCCGACCCUCGCUCGGAGCCCCAGCCCAGAGCUGAGGGGGAGCCCGGCAGGCAGCUGCAGCCCGCGGCAGUCGAGGCGUCGGCGGCGCUCCGACCUCCAGCCGGUGUCGGCGCCUAGGCUGCUGGCUGCGGCCGCGGCUAGGGGCGCAAAGGCGGAGGAGGGGCGGGUGUGAGCCGGCGGAACCGCGUGCCGCGCCGCGCCGCGACAGCCCAGCGAGCGUCCGCGCCCGGGACAGCCGCGAUGGCUGUGCGCUCCCGCCGCCCGUGGAUGAGCGUGGCAUUAGGGCUGGUGCUGGGCUUCACCGCCGCGUCCUGGCUCAUCGCCCCCAGGGUGGCGGAGCUGAGCGAGAGGAAGAGACGCGGCUCCAGCCUCUGCUCCUACUACGGUCGCUCUGCUGCUGGCCCCCGCGCCGGCGCUCAGCAGCCGCUCCCCCAGCCCCAGUCCCGACCACGGCAGGAGCAGUCGCCGCCCCCCGCGCGCCAGGAUCUCCAGGGGCCACCGCUGCCCGAGGCAGCGCCCGGGAUCACCAGUUUUCGAAGCAGCCCCUGGCAGCAGCCACCUCCGCUGCAGCAGCGGCGGCGAGGACGCGAGCCUGAGGGCGCGACGGGGCUUCCCGGUGCUCCAGCGGCUGAGGGGGAACCCGAAGAGGAGGACGGGGGCGCGGCUGGGCAGCGGAGAGACGGCCGGCCGGGGAGUAGCCACAACGGCAGCGGGGACGGGGGCGCUGCCGCCCCGAGCGCCCGACCCCGGGACUUCCUGUACGUGGGGGUGAUGACCGCGCAGAAGUACCUGGGCAGCCGCGCGCUGGCCGCGCAGCGGACCUGGGCGCGUUUCAUCCCCGGUCGCGUGGAGUUCUUUUCCAGCCAGCAGCCCCCCAACGCCGGCCAGCCCCCGCCACCCCUGCCUGUCAUCGCGCUGCCGGGUGUGGACGACUCCUAUCCUCCCCAGAAAAAGUCCUUCAUGAUGAUCAAGUACAUGCACGACCACUACCUGGACAAGUAUGAGUGGUUCAUGCGCGCCGACGACGAUGUCUACAUCAAAGGUGAUAAAUUAGAAGAGUUUCUUAGAUCACUAAACAGCAGUAAGCCUCUCUACCUGGGACAGACUGGCCUGGGGAAUAUUGAAGAGCUUGGAAAGUUGGGACUGGAGCCUGGGGAAAACUUCUGUAUGGGAGGACCUGGCAUGAUCUUUAGCCGAGAAGUUCUCAGGAGGAUGGUGCCACAUAUUGGUGAAUGCCUUAGAGAAAUGUACACGACUCAUGAGGAUGUGGAAGUAGGAAGAUGCGUUCGCCGUUUUGGUGGGACUCAGUGUGUCUGGUCUUACGAGAUAGCUGGCACAUGCCAUAGAAAAGAACAAGAAGUCAUUCUCAAUGUUCUGUUACUUGUUGCCCACCAUAUAAGCAGCUCCUCAAAAUUAGGGACCCUAACUAGAGUUUCAGGAAAUACCUUUAAAUAUCUUUUAUUUGAAGCAGAGGCUGUCAACUACUCUAGUAAAAAGAUGCAACAACUGUUCCAUGAAAAUUAUGAACACAAUCGGAAGGGUUACAUCCAAGACCUUCACAAUAGCAAAAUCCAUGCAGCCAUAACACUUCAUCCCAACAAAAGGCCUGCAUACCAAUACAGGCUGCAUAAUUACAUGCUCAGCCGCAAAAUUUCUGAACUUCGCUACCGCACCAUCCAGCUCCACAGGGAGAGCGCCCUGAUGAGCAAGCUCAGUAACACAGAAGUGAGCAAAGAGGACCAGCAGCUGGGAGUGAUACCUUCUUUCAACCACUUCCAGCCUCGGGAGAGAAAUGAAGUGAUAGAAUGGGAGUUCCUGACAGGGAAGCUCCUAUACUCAGCAGCUGAGAACCAGCCCCCUCGACAGAGCCUCAGUAGCAUUUUAAGAACAGCACUGGAUGACACCGUCCUACAGGUGAUGGAGAUGAUCAACGAGAAUGCCAAGAGCAGAGGACGGCUCAUUGACUUCAAGGAAAUUCAGUAUGGCUACCGCAGAGUUAACCCCAUGCACGGGGUGGAGUACAUUUUGGAUUUACUCCUUUUAUACAAAAGACACAAGGGAAGGAAACUGACUGUGCCAGUAAGACGUCAUGCCUAUCUUCAGCAGUUGUUCAGCAAGACUUUCUUCAGAGAGACCGAAGAGCUAGAUGUCAACAGUCUUGUGGAGAGUAUUAACAGUGAAACUCAGUCAUUCUCCUUUAUAUCUAAUUCUUUAAAGAUAUUAUCUUCUUUUCAAGGUGCCAAAGAAAUGGGAGGGCACAAUGAAAAGAAAGUAAACAUUCUCGUUCCUCUCAUCGGAAGGUAUGACAUUUUCUUGAGAUUCAUGGAGAACUUUGAAAACAUGUGUCUUAUCCCAAAGCAGAAUGUAAAGUUAGUCAUUAUCCUUUUCAGUAGGGAUUCUGGCCAAGAUUCCAGCAAGCAUAUUGAGCUGAUAAAAGGGUACCAGAACAAGUACCCCAAAGCAGAAAUGACUCUAAUCCCAAUGAAGGGAGAGUUUUCCAGAGGUCUUGGUCUUGAAAUGGCUUCUGCCCAGUUUGACAAUGACACUUUGCUGCUAUUUUGUGAUGUUGACUUGAUCUUCAGAGAAGACUUUCUCCAACGAUGUAGAGACAAUACAAUUCAGGGACAACAGGUGUACUAUCCCAUCAUCUUUAGCCAGUAUGACCCAAAGGUAACAAACGGGGGAAAUCCUCCCACUGAUGAUUACUUUGUAUUCUCAAAAAAGACUGGAUUUUGGAGAGACUAUGGAUAUGGCAUCACCUGUAUUUACAAAAGUGAUCUUCUAGGUGCAGGUGGAUUUGAUACCUCAAUACAAGGCUGGGGACUAGAAGAUGUAGAUCUCUACAAUAAAGUCAUUCUAUCUGGCUUAAGGCCAUUCAGAAGCCAAGAAGUAGGAGUGGUGCAUAUUUUCCAUCCAGUUCAUUGUGAUCCUAACUUGGACCCUAAGCAGUAUAAGAUGUGCUUAGGAUCCAAGGCAAGUACUUUUGCCUCAACCAUGCAACUGGCUGAACUCUGGCUAGAAAAACAUUUGGGUGUCAGGUACAAUCGAACUCUCUCCUGACAGUCCAGGCAACACAUUUUGCCUUUUUUAAGGGGAGUUUACCUCAUUGUUGGUUGUUGUUAUUUUUAUUUUAUUAUUGUUAUUUUAUUAUUAUUAUUGUUAUAAUUUUAUUUUGUUGUCCUGGUCUUAAACUACUCUUGGUUGUCUUCCUAAGGGUGUUUGUUGACCUCAAGCAAGAAGAGUCUGCAGUUCACUGAUGUUUCAGAUUUCUACUGAAGUCAAUAUGUUUUAUUACUUUUAUAUAUCUUUAUUUGAGAUUGAGUUAAAUCGUGGCAAUCAAAUGACUUUUGAAACUCAUUCAUCACAAGAGACAGCUUAGAAGAAUGUUCUCUUGGGGCUUAAAGAUGCAAUAUCGACUUUUAUUUGGUUUCUCAAAUUCAAUGUGAUACAAAUAUUUACUGGUGAAAGGUACCACAAAAGUGCUUUAUGCUUCCUAUGGGGAAGGGACUCUGUAACAUAAACUUGAGUUUUGUAAUUUAUACAAGGACUUAAAUAUAUAGACAAUAAUUUUCUUCAUCUUUAGAAUUUUUAAAGUAAAUGAACACCUAUGAUUGUAUGUUUAUUUUUUAAAAAAAGUUUUAAAAAUUGAGGAGUUUUGUUCCACAAGCAACCGGUACUGGCUACCCUGGUCUUAUGACAAUUAUGAGCUCCUCACAACUGUCUGCUAUAAAUGCGAAUGAACUUUAUUUUCUCAAGGAAAUAUGAUUUAAUUAAAUAUUCAUGUACAUUUUAGAAGCUUUAUGAAACAAUGUCCUUCAUUUGCUGGCAAGAAGAUUAAAAUAUGACAGAACCUGUUUAUUUAAAAUAAAACACAGGUAUAGCAGUAUUCUUUUUCAAAAACACUGACAAAGUUUUGUUGUUUCCUUUUAGUCACGCCUGAUAUGUUUCUGUUCAUUUUCACCAAAACAUGCUUGCUGAGCAGGCUUGAAAAGUUAACAAAGGAUUAUAGUAUGCUGUUUGUAUUAUUAUACUGGAAAAUCUAGCCUUCAUAAGUGAUUAAACUGAGCAAUUUCUUUACUCAAUAAUUUACAAUCUGGGAGAAACAUCCUUCCUCAAUCUCUUCAGCUUUGGGAUCAAGCUGACCCAAGAACAGUUCAAAAAUUGCCUUUAAUAUGGGUUUGUAGUUAUCUCAAAAGUCACUGGAGAAAUUAUUAAUAUGACAUCAAUUUUAUAAUUAUUAAAAUACAUCAGGAAAUAUCUCAUUUAGUUUUACAUAUCAUUCUUUCUUUGACCUGGAUCAGUGGUGUCCAGUUUCUAGGAAAGCAUAAUGGGAUUAAAGAAGUGUAAGAGAAAAUGAACAUCUAUGCAAUGGAGUGUCAUUAAGGCAUAUUGUAAAAUCUUAUUUUGUAAAUAGGUAAUAAAUUUGCACGGUUCCAAAAUCAAACAAAAUUUUUAAAUGCCUAAAGCUGUUGGCUCCACUCCCCAUCCACCCAUAUCUGUCACCUGACCACACAUGACCAUUGUUUGGGCUGUGUGAGUGUUUUGUGCAUGUCUUUCUAGAGUUUCUGAAGCACACAUUUUAUUUUUUUAACUCUCUAUACACAAAAUGCAGUAUACUAUACAUAUUGUUCUGCACUUUGAUGUUCUGUUUCUACUUAAUGAAAAAAUAAUUUGCAUCAAAAUUGAUUUGAAAGUGAUUGUUGUAAAUUGUUGCCAUUAUUUUUAAUGGAAUGCCAUGAGGCCACAUAUCAUUUGCCUUGGUGAUGGAUUCCUUACAUGUUGACAACCUUUUUUACUGAAGACAUUUUGGGAGCCUUAACAAAUAUAAUUGCUUAAUAUUAGGACAAACAGGAUGGCAGUGUCCUUGGCUAUAACUUGUAAUCCUAAUAAUGUCAAAUUCAUUAGAAAAUAAUUAAUGGUAUUUUUACAUGUUAAAAUGCUCGUCUUGACAGGGCCAACAAUUCAUAAUUGAUCUCUGCUCUAAUAUUGUCUCUGGCUUUCACAAACCCUCACUCUAAUAACUUAUUUUCCUGUAUUACAAGACUUAGCUCUCUUGCAGGUUUUAUUUUGCUGAACAGUAAAUAUAUUAACAUUCAGUAAACAUAGUCAUUUGGGAAGAUCUAUUACCAAAUAAUAAGUAUUAAGUAUUUUGUUAAUGAAGAAAGGAAAUCAGGGACUGAUCUUUAACUCAGACAAAUGAAAUAAGGAGUUUCACAGAGGUAAUAAAUGUAAAGGCCUAGUUUAAAACAUUCCAAGACUUAGAGAGUUAUGAAGCAGCUGCCAGGGGAUGAAGUGGCAUUCUGUAUUAUAUGAUGAAACCAUGCUGAUGAACCAAGGGAAUGCAGAGAUCUCAUUUGAACUUAAUUACACAUGUAUACACUAUACUGUUAGUAUACAUGCAUUUUAAACCUAUUAUGUGAUUUUGCAUUCAGCCUUCAUAUAAUCUUCUUCAGGCAAUGCAGUACUACCUGACUGAAAAUAUGGGGAGAAUGAUGAUAGUAAAAUUGAGUGUUUUUCUAUCCGUGUAGUAUCAAUUACCUAAAGCCUUUAAGUUUGAAGGGCAACACACUAUGAAUGCAACCAAAAAAGCACAAUAUAUGCAUGUGAAGUAAUCCAUACAUUGUAGUGUUACCUUAUUUGGAUAGCUGUAGAUGUUCUGUUUCAAUGUCACCCCAAGAAUAAUUUCAUCAGCAUUCAAUGUCAUCUUACUGAUCAUCUGCUGUCCACUCAGCACCACACUAUGCAUUUUAUUUUUAAGCUUAAUCCUCAGAACGGCUCUCAGAAUAUCGAUAUUACUUUCUUCAUUAAACAGAUAUGGAAACUGAAGCCACACAUGGUUAAGUAACUUGUCCCAGGUUCACACAGUUGGCAUGCUGUAGAGGUAAGAUUUAAGCAAAAGCCUGUCUGAAUGAAGCGCCUGUUUUUUCACUGUACCCCAUGGCUCCUCAGUUGCUGGAGGGAUGUAGAAAACAAUGGGGGGCAAAGGGCCUCCUGACAUCAUGCACAUGUGAGAUCCACUAGUCAGCUUGCUCCUGCUGAAUACUCUUUCUGGACAGAGCUAAAUUUGCGGAUGUUUGCUCAGUUAAAGCCUCUUCAGGAUUUAAUCUCAAGCGUCUACCAUUUUGCUAGGUCCUUCUGUGUACCAGUGUCAGGCAAGGGUAGGGUUUUUCUGUCUACCUGCUCAAACAUCACUGAACUUCAGCAAGGAAAAAAACUGUCCAGAAUUUCUGAUGCCAACAAUAUCCCUUCUAUAUCAUCUCAGCCCCUGAGUGUAGAAACUGUUCACACUGAUGAACAUCACCAAAUAAUUGCUUGACUGUUUCUGUCACUUAUAAGCAAUGUUGUCAGUGCUGAAAUAGUUCUGAAUUUAAGAGAUGAGCCCAUUAUGACUAGUUAAUAGAUACGGAACUAGAGGAAGGAAACACCCAAAUGUGUAGACUGAUAGUCCAAACAAGAGAAUAAAUAUUCCCUGGAAAGGUAAAUUAUGAAGUUACUCUGUUUUUAGCAUAUGAAACCUGGAGACCAUCUCUAGACAGCAGCCCCAUGGCUGGGCUACUCUCAUUUCAUUUUCAGAGGAGCCCUGUAGAAAGUUCUGUCUUCUAAGAGUAGGGCUCACCAGAUGAGGUUCCCUUCUAAUGGUUUCAGAUUGCUCAGAUGAGAGGCUGUGGGCCUGUCUGCCCUGUUGAACCCUCAGCUAGGACUUCCUUGUCCCGGGGACUAUAUUCUAAGGUAGGCCUGGAUCUAGAAAGAGAUUGCUGUCCCUCUUCCUUUCCUCUUCCACCCCAACAGAAAAUAUGCUUAUGCUGGUAAAAUAUAAAUAACCACAAAAUAUUUGUAGCUCCAUAUUGACCUUAAUGAUAAGAUUUAUAUGGGGAAAUAAAGAUUUCAGCAUAUUUUACAUUAUAUGGUCAAGCUACCUUUAUUUCCCUGCUACCUAAGUCACUGCACCUGUGGCCCUACAAGUUAUAGGAAGCUUGUGUGCCUUAUCCUAGCAGUAUCUCUAUCUAAGAGGUGACUACUGGUAAUCUGAAGAAUGCCCACUUAAUCUCUCAUUUGUGCUUAAUUAUUGAUGGCACAAUCUCUUCAGGAAGUAGCCUGCGAUUGUGGAUAUUACAGUGAAUGAGAAAAACGGUGUCCUUAUGGACAAUAAAAGAAUUUGCUAUCAGUUCUUAGUGCUGUUGACUUGCCUACCUUCCCCAUUCACAUUCUUAUUAGCAUCUUAAUUCCUGUCAGACAUACAGUGUUGGAGUAUUCUGCCUGUGCUGAGGCCAGGAGCCUCCUAGACCUUUGUUUUCAACCAGCGGCAAUAGUGGUGCCAGAUUGGAGCUUCCAGAUAUGCCAGUGUGGUUCUGUCUCUGUCUGCCCCACAGCCUCCUUCACAUGCUGGCUGUGCUGCCAAGCUUGCCGGGACAGAUGGUGGGAAUGAUGUGAGGAACUGGCAAUGACUCAUGCUCCCAGGUGGUGAUACAGUCAGCAUCUGCAUCAAGCAACAAACUACCUGGCACUGGCACAAAGUGCCAGGGUAUUCUAUUGUCGACUUCAAUUUGACACCCUGUUGUCCAUUUCCCUCUUCCUUUCUGAUCUCAAAAGCUGCCAAGGUCUAAGACAUAUUUGGGAUUUCACUCCAUGCAGGAUUUUAUUUCGAUCAAAUUUAGUCAAUAUGUAUUUUAUUCAUAGGUUGGUGUCAAUGCUGAGAUUCUUCAGUUUUAUUAUCCAUUAUGCAUGGUUAUACAUUUUUGCUAUUCCUUUACCAUCCAACCCCCAUCUUUAUAGGCUUAAUUCUGGAGGAUUUGGUAAACAUCAUAUUAGAACGAUAAAAUUGUAUAUUAAAUGGUCCUAUGGUAAAAAGACUUCCAACAGAAAAAAAAAAAACACAGUAACAACAACAACAAAGAAACCACAACACUUGCUCAUAUCUGUAAUGUUAACUGAUUAUUUAUUGGAACUUGUUUGGGCACAAUACUCUCAAGUGGAAACUCCGAGGCUGUGAAAACAUGCAUCACCUGGAAGCAAACCUCUCAAUACUAUUAGGCCUCCUUCCUUGGGGCUGUUUUCCAUCUCUUUCUCAGUUCUCCCACAGCCACUAUCCCUCAGUGUCCCACAAACACGGUUUCUUAUUUUGUCCAAGUGGGGGUAAGUGUGUAUACAUACCAAAUGGAAUCUAAGUCCUACAGUUGAAUUUCAAAUACAGAUGUGAAUCUACCUCAGUUGUUGCAUUUUGAUUCUUGCAACAAAGGUUCAAAUUGACAUUCGUCAAAAAUAACUAAGUUAAUAUAAAAAUGAAAAAUACCUUCAACUGUAGGGUUUGCCACCACCCCAAUACAAAGCUCAUAUAAAAAUGAAAAUAAAUACCUCCAACCAUAGGGUUUGCCACCAGUCCCAAUCAUUUUUAAUAUCUAACCUAUUAAAUGCUCUAACACCACAAUGACUCUCAAGCUCUUUUUCCUUUCUCUUCCAUACCCACCAAAGUGGAUCCAACACCUACUUCUAAAAGAAGUAUCUUUAAUAGUAAAUAAGCAAAAUGUUAAAGACAUGGUACUAAGAAAAUCCAUUAUUUUCUUCUUUUUAACUUGACUCCUAAUUUUCCUACCAUUCUAAUAUGUUGAUGACCUACUUUAAAAAUUUUUUUCUUUUUUUCCUGCCAUUAAGGUCUUCCCUGUCUCUCUAACUUAGAAACUAGAUGAUACAAACCACAUGCUGUUUAGAUUACAAAUUUUUAGUAUGAGUAUUGAGAAGUUACUAUUAUAUAAUUCAUGAGCUUGAAGUACAAAGUUAACAUACAUUUUUCAAUUCUUUUUCUUUAGUCAUUUUGGCCUAUUUCAAGUGUGCUGGAAUAUACUUAUUCUUUUUAGUUGACUGGAAUCCCAGAGGCUUUUCUACAGCCUCUUGAGUUUUUAGACUAGAAACUGAAGGCAGAGAAGUUUGAUCCUCUUCAAACGCUUCCAUUUCUCAAUUAAUCUUUUCAACAUUAUAUUAAGGCUUGUGCUAUAAUGAAAAAAA